ACAACUCCUGCCGAUAUCUUCACCAAUUGGUACCUUUUCCUCUGAUCACCUGAUUUGAAUCAUCAAACUUUUCUUGUCAAUACUUUCCCUCUCUUUCACUUCAUUUUCACUCAGCAUUAUGUCCCUUCCAUCAGGGUCUCUUCUUCAACCUCAAAGCCCUUCCUAUCAGUGUAGUUACAUGCUUGCAGAUCCUGCUGAGCAUAUUAAAGUGGGUUCUUUCUAUGAAGUUGUUCAUUCCAAGCUCCCUCCUAAAUUCCCAGAUCAACUAAACUCAAUCCGGAUUGUCAUGGUGAAGGAGAAGACCAGAAUGAGGGUUUCGCUCAGAUUCCCAAGCAUCUACUCUCUCCGGGCCUACUUCAGUGAGACUAACUGUACUAAACCGGAUGUAAAGAAGCUGCCAGCACUGGACGAAAAGUACAUUGUCGGAUCAGAAAUAGCAGCUGAAGCUCUUUAUCGGCGAAUCCCUCCUCAUGAAAUCACCGAUAAGAGAAAUUUGUGGCAUUUCUGGGCGGUUCCUUCAAUUCCAUCCCAGAAAGUGUUAAGCUCACCUUUAAAUUCUAGGCCUGGAAGUAUUAUUGUCUCGAAGAAGGGUUCUCUUUGGUCUGAGCUCAAGGGCACCGCGAUGCCCAAAUGGGGCCAGCGCCGACACGUCAGAUACUUGGCUCGGCACGAGGAAGAUAAGUCUGAACUGAUGUUGUCAUGCAACGUUACGGACAAAGAAGAAGAAGAGGCAGGAGAGGAAGAAGAGAACGAACCAGAGGUGGUAAGUAACGAGGAUGAAGAAGAGCAAAAAAGUGAUGACGAGAAAGAUACCGUGAAGGUGGAUAAAUCAGGGGACACGGCCAAGACCAAUAGCAAGAGAAAGCAUCGUGGGUCUAGCUGCAAGAUCGAGAAUGACGAAAGGACAAAACGCGAAAAGAAGAAUCAAAUUGUAGCUUACAAACAGAACAAAAACAAAGUUCUCAAAACCUCUAUUGACAGAUGGUCCGUUGAGAGGUAUAAAUUAGCUGAGGUGAACAUGUUAAAGAUAAUGAAAGAACAAGGUGCAGUGUUUGGGAAACCAAUUCUAAGGCCAGAACUGAGAGCUCAGGCAAGGAAGCUAAUUGGGGAUACAGGUCUGCUAGACCAUUUGCUGAAACAUAUGGCAGGGAAGGUGGCGCCAGGUAAUGAAGAGAGAUUUAGGAGGCGGCACAAUGCAGAAGGGGCAAUGGAGUAUUGGCUGGAGAAAGCUGAUUUGGUUGAUAUAAGAAGGGAGGCUGGGGUGCAGGAUCCAUAUUGGACUCCGCCACCUGGGUGGAAGCCUGGUGAUAAUCCUACUCAGGAUCCUAUUUGUUCCAGGGAGAUCAGGGAUCUCAAGGAAGAGAUUGCUAAAUUGAAAAGGGACAUGGAGGAGCUGUUAUCCAAGAAGGAUGAGGAAGAACUAGCUAUUAUGAGCACCACAGUUUCUUCUGUUACUAGUCACUACCUAGAGCAUGACAACUUGUUAACUCCACUAAAGGAAAUGUAUAUUGAUUUGGUGAAUAAGAAGGCUAAGAUUGAGGAACAAUUGAUGGAAAUUUCACAAUCCUUGUGUGGGAUGGAGGAAGAAAUGGGGAAGGUUAAAACAACGGUGGAAGAAGCAAACAGGACAGAAUCGUCUGAAAGACCUACAUUAAUGGGAUUACCAGAAUCAACAUCAACAGCAGGCACUGCACAAAGAGAGAGAAAAGCAGCAGUAGUGCAACGGAAGAAAGAAACAACGGUCUCAAGGGAAUUUGGACAAGAGCACGGUAAGGCAGGAAGCAAUAAAGCACCACCAACAACAAAAUUGCCAGCACCAACAGAGGACAAAGCAGCAAAGAUAGAAAGACUGAAGAGUGGGUUCAGGAUAUGCAAGCCCCAGGGAACUUUCCUGUGGCCAAACAUGGUGAUCUCAUCUCCUCAGGUUGUGGUCCAGCUUGAGGACCUAUUUUCAGUCCCUACACCGCCCUCUGUCUCUUCCACGUCAGCAACACAACACCGCCUCUUCCCCACUCCUCCUUCUGAACACCAAGGCCCCAUUCCUAAUUUCCUUGUGAAACCAUUAGCUGAAAAAAGACCUGUCACCAUUGCUCCAUCCACAGCUAUCACCAGACAAAUUCAUCCUCCCCGUGAGGUCAACAGCACUCAGUAUGAAAAUAGCAGCAUUAGUACUACAUCUUCUACUAGCACCACAACCACAAUCAAAACUUCCCUGAUCAACCUCAAUGAGCCUCCUAGGCCUAGCAAUCAAAAUGACAAUGGUCUUUUUGGGUCUGACUCACAUGGUCAGACCAACUUCACCUACCAAAGACGAGGCCACCAUACUGUGACAGCCAUUGCUGCCUUGCCGUGCUUGGCACCUGCAAAGAAAGAGAUGAACCAAUGGGACGGAGGUGAUGAUCAAGGACAGGAAAUGACAAGGUACCGUGAACAGCACCAACAAGGAUGCUGCUCUUCCACAUCUCCGUGCUUGUCAGUGGAAGUAGAAGCGUGGCUGGCUCUUUCUACUUCUAACCCACCAUUGGAUAAUAAUUCUAAACAGGUUAAAAAGUACUAAUUAUGGAAAACUUUAUAUUUUGGUAUCGGUUAUAGAGAGAUAUAUGGCUUUACAUAUACUUGAUGCAUGCUUAGUAGGAUUUGAUUUAAGCAUGAUUAAUGGGGAUUAUGAUAUUCAUAUAAUCGUUAUAAAUAAAUAGUAAUGAUUCUGUUU